GUGGAGCCCAAGCGAUGUCAGCGCUGGACUGAAGCGCCAAAUUCAAAUCGCGGCCAUCUUGGGCAGGAGUGUCGUAGCGGUCGGCUAAGGCGGGGCGGUGUCUGAGGUGGUGGCAAAUCCCCGGCCACCGGCAUUAUGGCCCCGGGCUGCAAAACUGAGUUACGAAGUGUGACAAAUUCUCAUUCUAACCAACCAAGUAGUGAAGGUGAUGCUAUCAAAGUUUUUGUGCGGAUUCGUCCUCCUGCAGAAGGUGCUAGAUCAGUGGACGGAGAGCACAGCUUCUGCUUAUCCGUGCUCUCACACACCACUCUCCGGCUGCACUCCAACCCAGACCCCAAGACCUUUAUAUUUGAUUAUGUUGCGGACAUGGACACCACUCAGGAGUCUAUAUUCUCAACCGUGGCUAAAAGCAUUGUGGAGUCCUGCAUGAGCGGUUAUAACGGGACCAUCUUUGCAUAUGGGCAGACUGGCUCAGGGAAGACAUUUACUAUGAUGGGACCUUCUGACUCUGAUAAUUUUUCUCAUAACUUGAGAGGAGUAAUCCCACGAAGUUUUGAAUAUUUGUUUUCCUUAAUUGAUCGUGAAAAAGAGAAGGCUGGAUCUGGGAAGAGUUUCCUUUGUAAGUGUUCCUUUAUAGAAGUCUACAAUGAGCAGAUAUAUGACCUGCUGGAUUCUGCAUCAACUGGACUGUACUUGAGGGAACACAUCAAGAAGGGAGUCUUUGUGGUUGGUGCAGUAGAGCAAGUGGUAACCUCAGCUGCUGAAGCCUAUCAGGUUUUAUCUGGAGGGUGGAGGAACAGGCGUGUGGCAUCAACAUCUAUGAACAGAGAGUCUUCUAGGUCUCAUGCAGUCUUUACAAUCACAAUAGAGUCAAUGGAGAAAAGCAGUGAAACUGUGAACAUACGAACCUCCCUACUCAACCUGGUAGAUUUAGCAGGAUCUGAAAGACAAAAAGAUACACAUGCGGAAGGGGUGAGGUUGAAGGAAGCAGGUAACAUAAACCGAUCGCUGAGUUGCUUGGGCCAAGUGAUCACCGCACUUGUUGAUGUGGGUAAUGGAAAACAGAGGCAUGUGUGCUACAGAGACUCCAAACUUACCUUCUUACUUCGGGAUUCACUUGGUGGUAAUGCCAAAACAGCUAUAAUCGCAAAUGUUCAUCCUGGAUCCAGAUGUUUUGGGGAAACACUGUCAACACUUAACUUUGCUCAGAGAGCCAAGCUGAUAAAAAACAAGGCUGUGGUGAAUGAAGACACCCAAGGAAAUGUGAGCCAGCUGCAAGCUGAAGUGAAGAGACUCAAAGAACAACUGGCCCAGUUUACUUCUGGGCAAAUAAUACCAGAAAGCUUACUGACCAGAGACAAAGAGAAGACCAAUUACAUAGAUCAUUUCCUGGAAGCAAUGUUAUUCUUUAAGAAAUCUGAACAGGAAAAUAAGUCUCUGCUAGAAAGAAUCACCCAGUUAGAAGAUCUCACCCUUAAAAAGGAGAAAUUUAUUCAAUCUAAUAAAAUGAUUGUGAAAUUCCGAGAGGACCAGAUCAUGCGCCUUGAGAGGCUCCAGAAGGAAUCUCGGGGGAGCUUUCUGCCUGAAGAGCAGGAUCGUCUGCUGUCAGAAUUGAGGGAUGAGAUUCAGACUCUGCGAGAACAAGUGGACCACCACCCCAGAGUUGCAAAGUAUGCUAUGGAAAACCAUUCCCUCAGGGAAGAGAAUAGAAGACUGAGAUUAUUAGAGCCGGUGAAAAGAGCCCAAGAAAUGGAUGCCCAGUCCAUUGCAAGACUAGAAAAGGCUUUCUCUGAAUUCUCUAGCACAGAGAAGAAUGAAAAAGGUCAGCAAGGAUUUUCUCCCAAAGCUCCAAAAGAACCAUGUUCCUUCACAAACACUGAGAAGUUAAAAGCUCAACUCCUGCAAAUUCAAACAGAGCUGAACAAUUCAAAGCAAGAAUAUGAAGAAUUCAAAGAACUAACUCGGAAAAAGCAGCUAGAAUUGGAAUCAGAGCUUCAGUCUUUGCAGAAAGCGAAUCUUAAUCUUGAAAACCUUUUAGAAGCUACCAAAGCCUGCAAACGCCAAGAAGUUUCUCAGCUAAAUAAAAUACAUGCUGAAACACUUAAGAUUAUAGCCACACCAACCAAGGCUUAUCAACUCCGUUCUCGGCUAGUACCAAAAUCAAGCCCUGAGGUGGGGAGCUUUGGCUCUCUCCACACACAUAAUUCUUUCAGGUUAGAUAAUGAUAUAUUAAAUGAGCCAGUUCCACCUGAGAUGAGUGAACAAGCUUUUGAGGCCAUAUCUGAAGAGCUUCGAACAGUGCAGGAACAAAUGAGUGUUCUUCAAGUCAAGUUGGAUGAAGAAGAGCAUAAAAACCUGAAGCUUCAACAGCAUGUUGACAAACUAGAGCACCAUUCCGCACAAAUGCAGGAGAUUUUCUCAUCAGAAAGGAGUGAUUGGACCAAACAACAGCAAGACCAUUUCUCACAGUUGAAUGUCCUCGAAAAACAGCUUCAGGAUACUCGGACUAAGAAUGACUUCUUGAAAAGUGAGGUGCAUGACCUACGUAUAGUUCUGCAUUCUGCUGACAAGGAGCUUUCUUUGGUCAAACUGGAGUAUGGUACAUUCAGAGAGAGUCAGGAGAAAGAAUUAAACCAGCUUUCUGAAAGACACGUGCAGGUUCAGCUUCAGUUGGACAACGUCAGGUUAGAAAAUGAAAAGCUUCUUGAGAGCCAAGCCUGCCUACAGGACUCCUACGAUAACUUACAAGAAGUAAUGAAGUUUGAAACUGACCAACUUUCAAAAAACCUCCAAAACUGCAAACAAGAAAAUGAAACUCUGAAAUCUGAUCUGAAUAAUUUGAUGGAGCUUUUUGAGGCAGAAAAAGAACGCAAUAAUAAAUUAUCAUUACAAUUUGAAGAAGAUAAAGAAAACAGCUCUAAAGAAAUCUUAAAGGUUCUGGAGACUCUGCACCAGGAGAAGCAGAAAGAAAUGACCAAAUGUGAGCAGCAGAUGGCAAAAAUUCAGAAACUAGAAGAAAGCUUGCUUGGUACUGAAAAUGUGAUCAGGUCUCUGGAAAAGUCUAGAGAUUCUGACAAGGAACUUGUCACCAACCUCAUGAGCCAAAUCCAAGAGUUAAGAGCUUCAACUGGUGAAAAAGCAGAAAUCAUAGACACUUUGAAGAAAGAACUACAGGACAUAAAUUACAAAUACAAUGCUGCUUUAGCUGACAAAGAAGAGAGUAAAGAGUUAAUCAGGAGACAAGAAGGGGAUAUCCUGGAUCUGAAAGAAACUCUUAGACUGAGAAUACUCUCGGAAGACAUUGAGAGGGAUAUGCUGUGUGAGGAUCUGGCCCAUGCCACUGAGCAGCUGAACAUGCUCACAGAGGCCUCAAAAAAGCACUCAGGGCUCCUGCAGUCUGCCCAGGAAGAGCUGACCAGGAAGGAAGCCCUGAUCCAGGAACUUCAGCACAAGUUAAACCAAAAGAAAGAGGAAGUAGAACAGAAGAAGAAUGAAUAUAACUUCAAAAUGAGGCAACUAGAGCAUGUGAUGGAUUCUGCUGCUGAGUAUCCCCAGAGUCCUAAAACACCGCCUCACUUCCAAGCACAUUUGGCAAAACUCUUGGAAACACAAGAACAAGAGAUAGAGGAUGGAAGAGCCUCUAAGACAUCCUUGCAGCACCUUGUAACAAAGCUAAAUGAAGACCGAGAAGUCAAGAAUGCCGAAAUCCUCAGAAUAAAGGAGCAGUUAUGUGAAAUGGAAAAUCUGCGACUGGAAUCUCAGCAGUUAAGAGAGAAAAACUGGGUCCUGCAAGGUCAGCUGGAUGACAUUAAAAGACAAAAGGACAAUAGUGAUCAGAAGCAUCCAGACAGUCAACAGCUGAAGAAUGAACACGAAGAAGAGAUUAUCAAAGAGAGACUUGCUAAGAGUAAACUUAUUGAAGAAAUACUAAAGAUGAAAACAGAUCUAGAAGAAGUCCAAAGCGCCCUGCACAGCAAGGAGAUGGACUGUCAUCGAAUGACUGAGGAAGUUGAGCGAACCAGAACUUUGGAGUCAAGAGCAUUCCAGGAAAAGGAGCAACUGCGGUCAAAAUUGGAAGAAAUGUAUGAAGAGAGAGAGAGAACAUUACAGGAAAUGGACGUACUGAGGAAGCAGCUGGAAUAUCUUGCUGAGGAAAAUGGAAAGCUAAUAGGUCAUCAAAACCUACAUCAGAAGAUUCAGUACGUAGUGAGACUGAAGAAGGAAAACAUCAGGCUUGCUGAGGAGACAGAAAAGUUGCGUUGUGAAAAUAUAUUUUUGAAAGAAAAGAAAAAGAAUGAAUCCUAAAGAUCCCAGCCAGCUCCCUAACAUCACUUUGGAGAUUCUUUAAAAGUAAGAUCUACCCUUAACCAUUUGGUAGGGCCGAACUAAAGUCCUUCAUUUUGAAUUAUGGUGAGCAAGAACCUGGAAUCUUCUGGUGGGCAUCCUGCAUGCAUGUACAAGUCUGCUGUAAAGUGUCUCACAGCCUAUUUCAAAGUUUCAAGUCACUUGUAAAUUCUAGAAGACCCUUUUGCCCUCUUUAAAAUAAAAGCCUGUAGCUGAGGUCUACAGCAAAUGUUGGUCAGAUCCUUUUCUCCUUAAAUAACUUCCUUUGAUUAACUUGGUGUGAGUCUGAUGCCGAAUUGUAUAGCAAACUUGUUCAUAAUAGAUUUUUUUAUUAUGUCAUGAGCAUUUUUUACAUGUCUGUUUUUCAAAUAAAAUCUCCUUAA